AUUCGUAAGGAAAAUAAUCGAAGAAGAACGAAGAAGAACAAUCUUGAUUCUCUCUCCUCUAUCGCUCCUUUCUUUCAGCCUCUGCGUAUUAAACACUCCAUAAUAAAGUCUACUCUCAGGGUCUCACUUCAUCACACAUCCCGCUCUCUCUUCACCUUUUCCCGAAUCUUAAGGAGAACAAUUACAGCUGGGAACUUGAGAGUAGGAGAUUGGUGGAGGUGUAUAAAUAUGAGCCUGGCAUGUCUUGUAUGCAAUAGUGUAGAGAGCCCUUCACACUCUUUUCGGAGCUAUUCAGUUUCGAGUUCAGACAACGAGGGAAGAUGUAACUCGAUGGCUAACUGUCUAAUUUGGAGACCAUCUUUCCCUCCAACACACCACCCAUCAUAUGCAGCAUCAGCCAAGGUAACUCCCCAUCCAAACAUUGUGAUCAGUGACAGAAUGGAUGGUAACCCAAGGCUGGUGCGGAGCCGAGCAGUAAGAAGGGACCUGGUACGGGACUGGAACUUCGACGAGGUGGUUGUAGUUCAGCAUUAGUAAGUUUGAUGAGAGUAGUAGGGUUUUGAAAUGGGUGGUUAUGGCCUGCAAAGAUGGGGCUUCCUAUGUACUUAUGUUUUCUUGUGGUUACAACUGAACUCACACUUCCAUUGGAAGAGUUUGCACAUUUGUAAGCACGAGAAAAUGGGAUUUAGAACUUUGUUUAUAUAUUACCUAUUUACUACUGAUUCAUAGGAGGCAGGCAGGGUUGGGAUGGGGUUAAUUAGGUUUGUAAACUUGGAUGGAAUUAUGGUUUCAAAGAUUUCCAUGAUAUACACCAAGUUUAUUUGCAUAUAAAACAAAUAAGGAAGUGUUUAGAACA